UUUGUCUUAAUAUAAUAUAUAACAUAUAUAUUGUUUCUCUUUUUUUGUAUCUGGGGAAACUUGACAUAGCUGAAGGCAAAAAAACGACGAAUCGGGCCCCUCUUUCUAAGCAUUUUUAGUUUUACAGCCCAUCAGACUAACAAUUCCUUUCUGGCACGCAAUGUCAGCGCAUUAGUGAUCCGUUUAGUUUCCCGUGACAACAAAACCACGCACUAAUACUGCUUAAAUACAUUAAAUGAAGUAAGUGGGCGGGGGGACCUCUACUGUAGUAUAUGAGCAGCCAAUGCGGGUGUAAAGAAGAAAGGUGCGCCUUCCAGUUACGGCUCUGUAUUAAAGGCCAGAGUAAUACAGUUGUUGACAAGAACAUUAAGACGCAUUCCUCUGUCACAAUCGCUGUAGGGACCGUGCCAGCAGGAUGCAUUCUAAGCUUCUUGCACUUCUAGCUUGGGCCUUUGUGGCCUCCGUGCUUAGUCAGUCCAGCGUCGAGCAGAAAGCGGCUGAGUUUCUGCAAAGCUUUGAUGAGAAUGCUACUACUCUGAUGUACCAGUAUUCACUGGCGUCAUGGGAAUACAACACAAACAUCACCAGUGAAAACUCAGACAAACUGGCUCAGCAGGGGGAAAUAUGGAGUUCCUACUACAGCCAAGUGUCCGAGGAGUCGCAGUCCUUUCCCCUUAAUGAAAUCACUGAUCCGACCGUAAAAAUUCAGUUGAUAGCGCUUCAAGAUAAAGGAUCAGGAGUCCUCUCGAAGGACAAGCUCAACCAACUCAGCAGAGUCAUGAGUGAAAUGAGCACCCUGUACAGCACAGGCACUGUGUGUGACAUCGACGAGCCAUUCGACUGUCAAACUCUGGAACCAGGCCUGGAGAGCAUCAUGGCAGAGAGUAGGGAUUACUACAAGCGGCUGCAUGUGUGGGAGGGCUGGAGGGUGAAUGUGGGGAAGGAGAUGAGGCCCCUCUAUGAAGUCUACGUGGACCUAAAGAACGAAGCUGCCAGACUGAAUGGUUAUGCAGACUACGGGGACUACUGGAGGGCCAACUACGAGACCAUCGAUGAGGGAAACUACAGCUAUACCCGCGAUGAUCUUAUGGCAGAUGUUCGGCGCAUAUAUAAAGAGAUCAUGCCAUUGUACAAAGAGCUGCAUGCUUAUGUGCGGAGCAAACUUCAAGAGACUUACCCUGGACACAUAAGUGCAACAGGAGGUCUUCCUGCACAUCUGCUGGGUGAUAUGUGGGGAAGGUUCUGGACCAACCUGUACCCGCUAUCCAUCCCCUACCCCAACAAAGAAGACAUUGAUGUAACGUCUGCUAUGAUCAGUCAGGGCUGGACUGUGAACCAAAUGUUCAAAGAAGCAGAGAAGUUUUUCAUGUCUGUGAACCUGUACAAGAUGUUUGACUCCUUCUGGAGCAACUCAAUGUUCACAAAGCCUGAGGAUGGACAAAAAGUAGUGUGCCACCCAACUGCCUGGGAUAUGGGCAACAGGGAGGAUUUCAGGAUCAAAAUGUGCACCAAAGUGAAUAUGGAUGACUUUUUGACAGUCCACCAUGAGAUGGGGCACAACCAGUACCAGAUGGCCUAUCGCAACCUCUCCUACCUGUUGAGAGAUGGGGCCAAUGAAGGUUUCCAUGAGGCGGUGGGUGAAAUCAUGUCUCUUUCAGCAGCUACCCCAAAACACCUCAAGGCCCUUGGUCUUCUGCCUGCAGAUUUCAAAGAGGACAAUGAGACAGACAUCAACUUCCUGCUGAAGCAGGCUCUGACCAUUGUGGCCACACUGCCCUUCACCUACAUGCUAGAAGAGUGGAGGUGGCAGGUCUUCCAGGGAACCAUUCCGAAGGACGAGUGGAUGCAGAGGUGGUGGGAGAUGAAACGAGACAUGGUUGGAGUUGUAGAACCUUUGCCCAGAGAUGAAACAUACUGUGAUCCAGCUGCUUUGUACCACGUGUCCAAUGACUAUUCCUUCAUCAGAUAUUUCACCAGGACUAUCUACCAGUUCCAGUUUCAGGCCUCGCUCUGUGAAGUUGCCGGACACACAGGACCUCUAUUCAAGUGCGACAUCACCAAUUCCACAGCAGCUGGCAAUAAACUACGGGCCAUGCUGGAGUUAGGAAAAUCCAAGUCAUGGACUAGAGCUAUGGAAGAAAUAUCUGGAGUCACCAGGAUGGACUCCAAGCCGCUGCUGGAAUACUUCAGUGAACUCUACAGUUGGUUACAAGAAGACAAUCGAAAGAACAACAGGCAACCAGGGUGGAAGACCACGGAGGAUCCAUAUGCCAAUGAUGCCUUCAAAGUCAGACUGAGUCUAAAGGCUGCAAUGGGCGAUGAAGCUUACCCCUGGAAUGACAAUGAGAUGUACCUUUUCAAAUCCACCAUUGCCUUUGCCAUGCGCCAGUAUUAUAAUCUGGAAAAAGGAAAACAAAUUAACUUCAUGCCAGAGAAUAUCUACACAUACAAAAUAACCCCAAGGAUAUCAUUCUUCUUUGUUGUUACUGACCCCACCAACCCAAUGAAGAUCAUCCCAAAGGCAGAUGUGGAGGUUGCUAUUCGGCUUUCCAGGGAUCGAAUCAAUGGUGUUUUCAAGCUUGAUGAUACAACACUGGAGUUUGAGGGCAUCCUCUCUACACUGUCUCCACCUGUGGAACCACCUGUGACAGUGUGGCUGAUAGCAUUUGGGGUUGUCAUGGGUCUGGUGAUUUUGGUUGGCAUGUACCUUGUUUUCUCUGGCUUCCGUGAAAGAAAAAGAAAAUCUAAGGCACAGGAAUCCGAAAACCCAUAUGAUGCCGAAAUGAAAAUUGAAGGAGUGACCAACAAAAGCUUUGAACGUGAUGAUGAACAAACAGGAUUUUGAGAGACUAAAACAAUUUUAUGGUAAUAAAAAGUCUAAAAUGCACUAAACAUUACAUGUAGCAUUUUUCUAGCUGCUGUUUCAGGCUGUAAAACCUCUACCCUUACAGGAAUUCCAGGGAUUUAUUUAAUGUAUGUUUAAUUAUUUUCUAAGUACGAGCUAUAUGUACAGUGUCACUAUGAAAAAUGUAUGCUUUCGUUUGAUGUAUGCCCAAAAUUAAGAUGGAAUUAAAUUUCUGAAAGAAGAUUACAUGAGGUACUUUUCUGCAAAGAGAGGAACACUGUUGGACAAUCAGUUGAAGUGCAGAACCUCUUAGACCAAAGAAGGACUCUAUGGCAGUACCUUGAGCACAGUAGUUACCGUUAGUGCAGCAACAGAAAAGAGUAAUGGUUUAGAAAUGUAAGUUACGUGCAGUAAGUUGCUGGUUAAAGCACUUAAAUGAUGCUAAGUAAAGCCGGAAGAAAAAGAGUGGCCCAACAUUUCAAUGAAGUUUUUUUGUCUUUAUGAUUUGGAUUACUCCAGUAUAACACCCGUAAUAAUUUACACUGUAAGUUCUCAGCUUGCGAAGACGAUGGAAUGGAGAUUUCCUCCUAAUUCGAUGUCAUACAUUAAAAUCUAAUUUUAUUGGCCAGGUGUGGCCUUGCUACUGCGUGCUAGUCAGUUUUCUCUUUUUUGAUCUUCAUUAUUUUUACUGUUGUUGUAAGUAUGCAUUUUGUCUUACCUCCCAUAUCAACACUUUUUA